CUGAUCAUAUGAUCAGAUGGUUUUUUUUUUUCAUAUUAUUAGCAAAAAUAAGCUAACGAAAUACACAAUUGUUAGACUCUUUUAUGAGUAUUUUGAGCAAGUUUCUUUAUUUGUUUGUGUUAUGGGGAUUUGCAGUGUUUCACGCUCCACUCAGGGCUCCAGUAGUUCCGAAUGGGAUCAACCCUCCCCCCGCACGUUUGCCAUAGAGACAUGCUGCCGAGCAGAGUAUGUGAGCAGUUUUGACUGGAGCGAGGAGCGUGUUUGGUAAAAGUCGGAGCGUUGUGGUUUUCACUCGCUCCAAGAGCGCUCCACCACCGCUCCAUCAGAUCAGAAUGCAAUAACCGUGCGGGAAGUUAUAGGCUAGUUCUGCAAUUGCAUAGAAACUGCAUAGAAAAAAAAAUGAAUAGAAAUGCAAUUUGUGACUCAUGAUAUCAUUCUUUAUCAUUUAUUGUUGUCUUUUUGGCUUGUUGUUUGUGAUUGCACUUUAACCCCAAGGGGAAAAUACAAAUCAAAUCCCAGAAGGUGAAAUCAAAACGAAAUAAACUUAAAACUUUUUUUGAAUAAUUUCUUUGUCAUCUGGGGGGGUACAUUUAAAUCGUAAAUUUUAUUUUUGUGUGAAAAUUUUUUUUUUAUUUAUUUUUUUGCCCAUAUUGCCCAGCUACAAUAGGACCCCUUUAAUUUGUUGAUGCUUUGUCAAUUUGCAUAUGCUUUGUGAAGUUGCAGCGUGUUUCUUUCAUCCAUAGCCACACCUUUGCAACCCCACCUACAUUUCACAGCCAGCAUAAAGGUAGCAUGUGCCACAUAGUGCCACAUACUACAGUAACAUCGGGGACACUUCUGAUCUGCUGCAUUUAAAGAAAAUGAACAGUUCGUCAUUUUACGGUUCCAGGCUGAGGAACACAAAAAAGACAAGUUUGUCGGAGAACAUAGAUCGGCUACCAAAGCCAAAAUCAGAGAAACGGCUGAAGAAGCGCAUGGUCCUAAAAAAAGCGGCUGAUGUCCUGUUUAGUUCAGUGACAGUCGAAAGCAGUGGACACCAAGCAAGACCGACUGUGUUGGAGGAUUUGAGGCCUGAGCUGGCGAGGCAGCGCUCCGAGAUUGAGGCACUGAGAAAGCAGCUAAGUCUCUGCAAGGCGGCACAUGCCAGUGAAACUGAGGCACUGAGGAAGGAGCUGCAUGCAUGCAAACAGGCAUGUGCAAGCGCAAAUACAGCCCUUGCUGAUUUAAAUACCACUCACAAUCAACUUGUUCAGACCCACACGACCGUUGUAAUGCAGUUGAGAGAGGCCCAAACAGCAGCAACGGAAGCACAAAGAACACCGCUUCCGUUUUGCACUCCAGUAGCAGACAGUAUGACUCGGACCGGGGUCACUCCUAACUUGAGUGUGGAUGCAGACCGGAGUGAAAAUACGCCCUCCAUCGCUUCUGUGGAUCUGAAUCCUACUCCACCUGGAAGUUGUCAUCCUGAUCUCCAGUUCUCCCCUCCCACUCUAGAGCAUACUGACAUAAUGAUGAUUCAGAGUCGGGGACGGCCAGAUCGGUAUGGUUGCUUGUUGUUCCGCGCUGUUGUGCCAGAACAGCGAUAUGCAGAAUGGGCAACCACAACUAACUGGGACGGUUCGAGAGGCAAAUUUGCAUUGCCCAUGAACAUAAGACAGUUUGUUACAAGCACUGUCUCCCAGAGGUUUCCCCACAUGUCCAGCGCUGACAGCAAGCGCAUAAAGGACCGGGUCAACGAAUUCCUACGCUCCCCAAGGAACUCUGUUGCCCACCGACGUCUGUACUUUUGAAGACACUUUCACUUAAAAUACACUUGUUUUACAUACAUUUAAAAAUCUGUUAAUAUUAUAUGUUAGUAGUUGUAUUUUAUC